AACGAUCGUUUAUUUUUACCAUGGUUGUUUAAAAUGUAUAAUAUGAUCUCGAUCGUAAAUGCAAACAUAACGCGAUAUAAUAACAACAACGGUAAUAAACAAUAAUUACGAGUGGGCUAAGCCGCCGCCGCCGAAUCGAAACGAAAACUCGAAACAGUCGAAAGUGAAAAAGUAAAAACCGCCUUACGCACAAACAACGACUCCACGCCGCCAUAGAGCGCAGGCAGCGGUUCGCGUUGAGGUCAUACCCUUGGUAGUUGUUGUACACUUGUACCGUCGUUUAUUUUACUCCACUCACGACGAACCAGUCGGUUGGCGGGUCGACCUUGGCGGCGGUAAAGUAUACCGAUAUUCCGGGCGGCCAGACCUUGAUCCGUUUCGUUGGUCGUUUUUAUCGCGGUUAUCGGCUUUGCGCUGACCGUCCGUCCGCCAUUCACCCAGUGACCGUAUUGCUGUCUACACGCACGUUGAACGCGAAAUCAUGAGUGGCAAAUCAGACAUUGGACUCAUCGGUUUGGCCGUCAUGGGCCAAAACCUCAUACUCAACAUGAACGAUCAUGGGUUUGUCGUUACCGCCUACAACAGGACCGUCGAAAAGGUCGAUGAGUUCCUACAAAAGGGUGCAAAAGGCACGAACAUCGUUGGCGCCCAUUCUCUCAAGGAAUUGGUUGAUUCGUUGAAAAAGCCACGCAGAGUUAUGAUGCUUGUCAAAGCUGGAAGUGCUGUUGAUGAUUUUAUCUCCCAACUUGAACCACUGUUGGAAGAAGGUGAUAUAAUUAUUGAUGGUGGAAACUCUGAAUACCAAGAUACACAACGCCGAACUAAAACACUUGCCCAGAAAGGCUUGUUGUUUGUUGGUUCAGGGGUAUCUGGUGGAGAAGAGGGAGCACGAUAUGGUCCAUCAUUAAUGCCUGGAGGAAAUCCAAAAGCUUGGCCAUACAUUAAGAACAUUUUCCAAAGUAUUGCUGCUAAAGCUGAUGGUGAACCUUGUUGUGAUUGGGUUGGCGAGGAUGGUGCUGGUCAUUUUGUAAAAAUGGUUCAUAAUGGUAUUGAAUAUGGAGACAUGCAACUUAUUUGUGAAGCAUACCAUUUGAUGAAAUCUGCAUUAAAUAUGAAUAAUAAAGAGAUGGGAUUGGCCUUUGACGAAUGGAACAAGGGCGAAUUGGACUCGUUUUUGAUUGAAAUCACGAGAAAUAUUUUACAGUUCAAAGACAAUGAUGAAGAAUAUUUAGUUGAAAAAAUCCGUGAUGCUGCUGGCCAGAAGGGUACUGGAAAAUGGACCGCAAUUUCCGCAUUGGAUUAUGGUGUUCCGGUCACAUUGAUUGGAGAAUCUGUGUUUGCUCGUUGUCUGUCUUCAUUAAUUGAUGAGAGAGCAGAAGCUAGUAAAGUACUUAAAGGACCAACAGAUACCUUUAAAGGAGAUAAACAAGCUUUCUUAAAAGACAUUGGAAAGGCAUUGUAUGCAUCUAAAAUUGUUUCAUAUGCUCAAGGAUUCAUGUUGAUGCGAGAAGCUGCAAAAAUACAUGGAUGGAACUUAAAUUAUGGAGGAAUUGCACUCAUGUGGCGUGGAGGAUGUAUUAUUAGAAGUGCAUUUUUGGGAAAGAUCAAACAAGCAUUUGAACUUGAUCCAAACCUCAAGAAUUUGUUACUUGAUCCUUUUUUUAAGGAUGCCGUACAUAAUAGUCAAGAAGCUUGGCGUAAGGUGGUUGCUUCAAGUGCCAUGCUAGGAAUACCCACUCCAGCUUUCAGUACAGCUCUUGCCUUUUAUGACAGUUAUAGAAGUGCUAGACUUCCAGCCAAUUUAUUACAGGCUCAACGUGACUAUUUUGGUGCUCAUACAUAUGAGUUAUUAACAGCUCCUGGAAAAUAUAUUCACACAAACUGGACUGGUACUGGUGGUGAUGUGUCAGCUAGCACAUACAAAGCUUAAUUGUGUAAUAAGCAUUGAUUGGCUGUAAAUUAUUUAAUUUUUGGGACCAAACACACUAAUUGGGUUUAUUUAUUCUCACAGAUUGCUUGUUAAAACUUGAAACUGUUUUUUAUGUAUUUAAAUAAAUGUCAUUUCAUCUACUUAAAAUUUAAAAAAAAUAUUUGUGUGCUUCUGUAUUGUAAAACAUGAUUAUUGUUACUCCCUUUUUUAAACUUUUAUAUUUAUAUAGUGUACUGUUAUUGUUAAAAAUGUAUUGUUUUGUCAAAAACCCUUUUUGUUAAUAAGAGUAUAAUAUAUUUUUUAUUAAAAGUGGUGAACUUCAGAA